AUGUCGAAACAAUACCUUACAACGCAUACGAUCGAUGAUGCCCAUAAAACAGACAUCUUUUCCCUCGCCGUAACUCCCAGCUCUAUACUCUCCGCCUCCGGUACAUCCUCCCUUAAAGUCCACAGCACACUCACCACGCCCCCUUCUCUAACUCAAACUCUCCCCGCCCACAAACUCGGCUGUCACCACAUCUGCACCUCUCGAUCUGGCACUAUCGCAGCAUCUGCCGGUUUCGACGGUACAGUUAGUAUUUGGAGCUCUUCUCCAAACGCAGAAGGAUCAGAAGAAUGGUCUCAUCAUGGCCAUAUUCUCGAUGGCAACAAGCCCGGUGAAAUCUGGGCGCUAGCAUUAAGUGCUGAUGGAAACUUCCUUGCAGCAACGACCAUUGAUGGGAAGAUUGGGGUAUGGGAUUUGUUGCAAGGAGCUGAAGAGAAUGCGGGAAAGAAAAGUGUAGGCAAGAAAAUGAGAGAGUAUGAGACGAAGGGAAGCUUUGGACUAUGCGUGGAUAUUAGUGCGGAUGGAAGAUUUACGGCCAGUGGACAUGAGAAUGGAGGUGUUUACGUUUUUAAUAAUGAUACGGGGAGAAUGGUACAUAGUUUACCUGGGCUGAUCCAACCCAUCCGCACCAUUUCCUUCUCUCCCCUCUCUACUUAUCUGGCUGCUGCUGGCGAUUCCACAACCAUUGCCCUCUACUCCGUUACCCAUGGCGAACAAGUCGCUAAUAUGACAGGCCACACAGCCUGGAUUUUCAGCAUCGACUGGAGUUUCACGGGCGAAUAUUUAGUUAGUGGUGCUUGGGAUGGCAAAGCCAAGGUAUGGAGUGUAGAGGGAAGAAAUUGCGUGGCGACGCAUAGUGAGACGGAUAAAGCGCUUUGGGCUGUCAAAUGGUUGCCAAAAGUGCAGGGGAAGAGUGAGGCGUUUGUUACAGCGGGGGCAAAUAGGAGUUUGAGCUUUUAUAGGGAGGCUACAGGUGGUUGA